AUGUUAUUGGCCGUUGCACUAUUAGUAGACAUAUGUUUUGCAUUUAAAACAACACAACUGUGCAAAUUUGGUUAUACUAAAUUAUUUAACAAUGGAAAGAAUGAUGAAAUCAUUUUUUCAGACUUCACCGCUCUUUACGAGAAUUUGACUAAACAACAACUAGAUGAAUUGUCUACUAAAAUUGAUAGUUUUGAAGAAAAUGUACGCGAUUCCAAUAAUAAAACAUAUGUAAAUGAUCUUUUUAAUAGAUUGCCAUUAAUACCGCCGGUUGAACUAACUGCUGUACGAUCCAAGGCCAAUGUCAAGGGCCGCAUUGGUACCAGGGCAAAACUUGUUAGGGGAAAUGGAGAAUUGGCCUUAGAUCCAGGAGUCUACAACGGGUUACAUCCAAUUAAGCAUGUAAAGAAAAGGAUCAUUCGUGAACUGAAAGUUAAAUUAGAUUGGUAUGCCAAGAGCAUCUGUAAACCAUUAAAAGAUGUCUACGAUUUUUAUACCUUCUUGCCAAAGCACAUACACCCACUCCAGUAUCAUCAAUUAAAGAGUUCAUUGCAUUUGCUGUAUUCAGGGGGCAAAGUUGAGGAAUCUUUUGCGGGUGUAUUGGAGCAAUUAUCACGUAUCAAGGCCCAAAUUUACAGAAAGACUUCCCAAUUCUGUAUAGAAUUGGAUGAAUUUAAGAAGUGUCGUGAUGCAUUUAUGUAUGUAAAACAAUGUGUUGCUGAACUGGACAAGGUUAUCAGCGAUAAUGAGAAGUAUAUAAAACUUUACCAGGAAUAUCGAUCGUACCUACGCAAAAUACCUACAGUUGACAUUAAACAAUGCACUGUGGCGAUCAUUGGUCAUGUGAAUGUGGGAAAGUCGACUCUUUUUAACAACAUUUUAAGGGAAUCACCUGGAAAGAAAAUUCAAACCUUGGGCUUUGAGAAUUGUGACGAAUCCACCAAAGCAAUUGUCAGUGAAUUGGGGUUGGGUCUCUGCGGUUUGGGGGAGACUGAGAAGUUGAAUAAGCUGAAGAAGUUGUCACUAGCUAAAGGUGGAUUUGGACACGCAAUUUUGUCUAAGCAACCCCAAAUCGCACCUUACAACUUCACAACCAAGGCCAUCUCGCCAUCGCAAUACAUCUUCUCAAAUAUUAAAGGCAUUCAUUGUUGCCAAUUAUUAGACACCCCCGGGCUAUUGCCCAGAAACAGUAGAUUUAAUCCAUACGAAAAGCUUACAUACACUCUGUUAAGGGAGUUAUACAUGGGUGUAAUUUUUGCAGUGGAUUUAACAGAUACGAAUUUAGAUGACCAAAAGAGGCUACAUGAUUUACUAAGAAAUAAAUACAAUGAUAGGCCAUGGAUAAAUGUAAUAACUAAGGGGGAAGAUCAUGAGGGUAAGCACCACUUUGACAAUUUGCUAGACAAAACCAAGAUUCAACAAAACCUGCAGCAAAUUUAUACACAACUAAUCGACAUAAAUACUCAAAUUUGCGACAUUGACUAA